AUGCAGUCAGAGCGUGAGUCGUCGUAUCCAAAGUACCUCUAUCGAGCACACACCUACGGCCACCCAUAUCCUCGAUACGAUGAUGCCCAGACGGACAGUUUCUUGGACAGAGAUUGUGUUUCCGACUACCGUUCUUGGGCCGAGUAUGAAAGAAACCUGAAAAUUGGCGGUCAAUUCGAACCAGAAUCCCCGCCCACCGAAGACGUCUUUCUUGAGCUCAGCCAACACUUGAGAAAACUUCGUAUCAAGAGGAACAGUGGCGGAAACUACUACCGAUCUCGCAUGGUGUCCCUCAGCGGCAAUCUCUGCUGGGCGACGCAUCGGCUCUGCGAGGUCUGGGGGAUGGCGGCGCGUGACGGCAAGACGCCCGGGUUGGCCGUGCUGGACGUGCGUAAGAUCCAGGAACGCGGCUUUCACGUAUGGCGCGUGAGGGACAUGCUCCGAUUCCUCAGAAAGUCUGGCCUGGAAAGCUCGAUCGAGAUCCUCGACGAUGCGCGGAGCUGGGCAAACAACGCGGACGAGUACGUCUGUUGGGACUUUGUUCCGGGAGAAGCGCUGGUGUCGUUCACGCCGCAGCCGCAUCUACGGCCGACCAACGGCACGGCAAGGACGUUGUUGGGUGGGAAUUUCGUGAACACGUGUAACUUGUCAGCGUUUGGACAGCUUCGCAAACAUAGUGUGUCUCUCAACGAUUACGUACAACUAGUGGCCGGAUUUAUACGCACGGUCGCUCCGGACGGCCUUGGCUGGGAAGUGCAAAUACAACUACUUGAGCAGCUGGCGAAUAGUUUCCUGUGCCCUGGUGCUUGGGGUUAUCAUGUGUCUGCCUCUGACAAAGAGUUGAAACGUCGUCUCAAUGCUAUUGCCUAUACAGAUGGGUAA